ACUACACCAGACAAGACGUGGUCAGUAAGAGAGUGGAUCUCUAGCCCUCCUGUACAACACACGUUCUUUGGUCAGAAGCCAGGAGAAAUCUCUCCAGGAGAACCCAUGAAAGAUCAUGGGAAACUGAGCAGGGCUGAACGCAUGGUAACUGCUGCACAGAAAAUCAGGCGCUCUCUACACAAAGCCUCUUGCAAUGCAUUAAUCAGCAGUAGGGAGAGACAGGAGAACACACAGCAUGGUACAGACAGGACCCUUCAGGCAUGUAGGAGAAAGUCAGAAACAAUGCAAAAGCCAGCGAGCAUGUCCUCUACGCCAAAGAGGUCCAGAUGUGGUACAUCAGAUGUUCCUGCCACCCAGAAGAAAAAUAAUAUGUUCAGACACAGCCCUGUUAAAUCUCAUAUACUAGCAACAUCACCACCAAAGUACAGCCCAGAUCCUGAACCUCCUGAGACUGUAUGCCCAAUAUGUGGAGUGUCUUUCAGUCCAGAAUACUUGCCUCUUCAUGCCUCUUCCUGUCUGGAUUCUGGUGCAUUCUCGAAUGACACACAGAGAGAGCCUGGGUCAUCUUUUUCCUUUCAUCAACCUUCUGAGCAAAGCACAGAAGAGCUCAUGGUGCCAUGUCCUAUGUGCACCUUCAGAUUCCCUUUAGACUGCAUCCAACAGCAUGCCAGUACCUGUGGCGAAUAACUAGUCGUGACUGGGCAGAUCAAUGGCGCGAGAUUGUGAACAAGAAGAUGCGCUUUCCCCCGGAGCUCAUAGGCGCCAUUCAGGAGGGAAAUGUGGUUAUGAUCUGUAGUCUUCUGAAGACUGGUGAUGGUAUCAUCCGCCAGUUAGAAGACUCAGAAGACAGGCAAUGGAGAGAAGCACUGAACUUAUCCAUCCGCCUGGGCAAAGAGGAAGCCAUGGUUACUUUGCUUCAUGGAGUCAAGUUUGAUUUCCGACAGAUCCAUGAGGCUCUUUUGGUGGCUGUUGACACUAACCAGCCACGAAUUGUGAAGCGCCUCCUUGACCGUCUUGACCAAGAGAAAGGCAACAAGAUGGAUGUGCACUCUUUUAACCAGGCCAUUUUUGACCACUCCAUUGAUGAUUCUCAGUUUGCCCCUGGGGUGACCCCCUUGACACUGGCCUGCCAGAAGGAUCUAUAUGACAUUGUGACUAUGCUCACACAGAAAGGCCAUGUCAUCCCAUGGCCUCACAAGGUUUCCUGUUCUUGUCUUGAGUGCCGGAACGGGCGCCAAUAUGACUUGCUCAAGUUCUCACUGUCACGCAUUAACACUUACCGUGGCCUUGCUAGCCGGGCAUACUUAUCCAUCACUUCUGAAGAUUCCAUGUUGAGUGCUUUUUAUCUUAGCAGGGACCUUCGCAAACUCUCUAAGAGGGAGCCCGAGUUUAAGCCUCAGUACCUUGCACUCGAGGAGCUGUGUCAGGACUAUGCAGUGGAAUUACUGGGAAUGUGCCGGAAUCAGAGUGAGGUUACCACCAUUCUUAACAAUUGUGGCUUUGAAAAUGACGACACUAAAGAAGAGCUAGAAAAACACUCAUUCGAAGAGGGCAUACCAAACCUGGCCCGAUUACGACUAGCUGUGAACUACAACCAGAAACAGUUUGUAGCCCACCCAAUCUGCCAGCAGGUGCUUUCCUCCAUCUGGUCUGGAAACAUAUCUGGCUGGAGAGGCAGCAGGACAGCAUGGAAACUCCUGGUGGCUGUGGGGAUCUUUAUAACCAUGCCUUUCCUCUGCUUUAUCUACUGGAUUGCCCCCAAGUCAAAGGUGGGAAAGAUUUUGAAAGUUCCUGUGGUCAAAUUCAUGCUUCACUCUGCCUCCUACUUGUGGUUCCUCAUCACACUGCUAGUGGAAUCUAUAAUCAUGGAGAGUUUUCGUGAGGGAUCUAUAGCCAGGCAAAAGACCAUAUUGUACAACACUGUCCACAUGGUGUGGGUGGCUGGGUUUUUCUGGUUUGAGUGUAAGGAGGUUUGGAUUGAGGGGCUGAGGAGCUACUUCCGGGACUUGUGGAAUUGUCUGGAUGUGAUGGUGCUCAGCAUGUAUCUGGCUUCGUUUUCCCUGCGAGUGGUCAUUCUGGUUAAAGGCUCCUUUCUGUGCGACUUACCAGAAAAUGAGCUUGACUGCUUCUACUUUAACCAGUCUGCACGUGAAGAUUGGCAUCAGGAGGACCCUCAGAUGAUAGCCGAAGUGCUCUUUGCUGUCACCAGCAUGCUGAGUUUCACACGUUUGGCCUACAUCCUGCCUGCACAUGAGUCUCUAGGAACCCUUCAGAUCUCUAUGGGAAAGAUGAUUGAUGAUAUGAUGAGGUUCCUGUUUAUACUGAUGAUCAUUGGUACAGCCUUUUUGUGUGGCAUCAACAAUAUCUAUGUUUCUUAUGUCAACUCUGAACGCCUUGGAAGGUUCAAUGAGACUUUCCAGUUCCUGUUCUGGACAAUGUUUGGUGUUGUCAAUAAGGAAAAUGUGGAUAUGCCUAAUUAUGUUGUGGCUGAGUUUGUGGGCAGAAUCCUAUACGGGAUCUACACACUACUGAUCGUCAUCGUGCUACUAAAUACAUUCGUUGCUAUGAUCACAAAUUCUUAUCAGAAGAUUGAGGAUGAUGCGGAUGUGGAGUGGAAAUUUGCUCGCUCCAAACUCUAUCUGAGCUACUUCAGGGAGGGCCUCACAAUGCCUGUUCCCUUCAACAUCAUUCCCUCACCUAAAGCUUUCUUCUACCUCAUACGAAAACUGUGCUGCUUUUGCAACUUCAACUCGACCCCGGACUAUCCGCCCAUCGACUCAAUGAAUAAUGAGACAGAUGAUAAGGCGUCAUACAGAAAUCAGGUGAUCCGGGCUUUAGUGCAGCGCUACAUUGAAUCUGCCCGGAGAGAGUUUGAGGAGGCAAAGCGCAAAGAUGUUGGAAACCGGGUCACAGAGCUGAGUAAAGUGGUUGGACAACUGCACAGUGAGAUGAAGCAAAUUCACCAGACGAUAUUAGACGUAGAGCAGAACCGAAUAGAUCCUUCAGGACGAAGCACUUCCUCCAUCAUAGGGAAGUACAUCCAGGGUGCCAAAAACAACUUCAGAGACUUUAACAGCGGCGUGCCUUCAGACGGCAUAAGUGCCCCUUUGCUGGCCAACAUCCACAAUCCUAAGUCUGAUGACGUUGGUAAUGUGAACAUAGAGAAGAGUAAAGACAUGGCUGAGGCUGCUGAUAAAGGCAAGUUAGAGGAGGAGCAGGAUGAAGGAGCAGGUGAUGAGAUAAGGGAACAGGAUGGUAAUUAUCAGAUUGAAGGUAAGGAAGAGGAAAAUGCACCCAAUGAUGAGAUCAAUGAAGAGGAGAGUAAUGAUCAGACUCUGGUCGAAGAUGAAACAACAAAGAUGGAGGAGGGGAGAGCAAAUGAAAGAAAAGAAGAAUCACUCAUCAGCAGCGAAUCUCAGGAUACUGGGUUUUGUUCUCAAGAAGGAGAACUCUCUGAUAAUAGUCCUGAGUAACUGUGAUAAAAUGUCUCCGUUUUUUUUUCCUGAAUUAUACUAGCAGUUAGAAACUAUUCUUCUUGUUCCAAAUAAGUCUUUUAUCAUCUUAGAAACAUUUCUGUAACUAAAAGCAAUGUUGAAGUUUAUGUCCAUACAUAAAUUUGGGUAAAUCUGUCAUUUGUAACCCAGAUUUUGUGUACAUUUCUCAUGUGACUGGGAAAGCCAGGGUCAUGAAUUAGAUUCUUAGCCCAGGUUACUGUGUGUGUGUGUAGAAUUUCUGUGCUUGCUCUCCAUAUAUCCGCUACGAUUCCUUCCACUUUUUCCUUGAAACCCUUAAAAACAUUCCAGCAGAUGGAUUAGCUAGGA